ACCGUGUCUCUGAAAAUGUUUCAAAUUUUGGUGUCUGCUCUGCUGUUUACAGCUUCCAUUUCAGGUGUCUUUGGAGCACCUUUUCUGACAGAAGAAUCAGCAAAUCAAUUUAUACGACUUAAACGACAGAUACCAUAUUCUCAGAAUUAUUGGGACCCAAGUAGCAGCCAGAACGCGUGGGGAUACACUGUGGCUGAACAGGUUAGUGAAUCAUGGACAGCUUUGAGAGACACAGCACAAUACUAUAUGGACCUGGGUUCUUUUGCCUUUGAUCCUUCGAUUGCCAGUGACAACAUCAGAUCUUACAUGGACAUGCUACAGCAGUCUGGGAGUCACCUCCAGCAACAGACAAGGAUGAACUAUUAAAUCCUACAUGUCUUGUGUUUGGCCAUGUUAGGAUAUGGCAUGUUAUGUAUUUGCCUCUAUGUAUUUGAUAAAAUGACUUUAUCUCAUCCCACUGUCUAAAACCAAAAUUAACACAUUAAUUCUCUCAAUAUCACAUAUUUUAUAUUCAUAAGUAGGAGUGAGAUGUAAGUCAUGGUGAAUUUAAUAAAAAGUUGAAGACAAAGCAACCAUUAACUUUUAGCAGAUUAGGUUUAAAGAACCUUGUGUUUUCAGGUAAAACAUUUUUUUGACUAAAAAUGUACUAAAGCUACAUUCCCGCUUCUGUGACUGAAAACCACAUUUUUAUUUCUCAGUAUUUUACUUUAGCUACAGUUUUGAGAAGUAAUUAAGAAAUGGAAAUGUAUCACUUUGGGUAGGUAAGAGAAGCAGAGCACAUUUGC